AUGCAUAAAAAGAAAACUUAGAUAUAAAAUACGUGUCACUUUAAAAAGAAAUAUGACUUUUCUUGAUUUCAUACAGUCGAAACUAAAAUCCCGAUCCCGCUUACUAAUUGAAUACAUUGAUAAAAAUAAUGUGAAGAGUGCAGAGAGCAUACUGAUUAAAAAAAUUGACAUUAAUGCAGAUAUAUUAACUAGCUACGGAGUUUUAAUAAAUCCGCUAUGUCAUGCGGUAACUAACGGCAGCAUAGAAAUGGUACAACUAUUGCUAAAAUAUGGUGCAAACGUAGGCCCAUUUCUAGACAAUAGGAAAAACCCUCUGCAAUUGGCCAUCAUUCAAGAUAAUGCCCAACUCUUUGAAACAUUACUAAAAGCAGAUUUUAAACAACAAAUUGAUUUCAAUUUGUUAUUAUUGUAUGCAAGUGAACUUGGAAAAACAAACAUUAUUAAUAUUCUUGUUAAAAAGUGUUCCAACAUUAAUUUUUGCGAUGCUAAGGGCGAAACAGCACUUUCUAAAGUUUUGGCAAGGGGAUAUUCAGAUUGUGUUAAAAUAUUACUUGAACAUGGUGCAACAACGAAAAAUGAUAAACAAAAAACUCUCAACAAAAAUACACUUCAACUUUUUAAUAAUGAUACAAGCAACAACCUGAUCGCAAAAAAUGAAAUGGCUACAAGAACAUCAUUUGAAAAUGCUGUUAAUAAACACUUCAGUCUGAUAUUUGAUUUAAACAAAGAACUAAACGUGAAUAAACUUAAACAAAGAACUAAACGUGAUAAACUUCAAUAUGAAGUUUCACUCAAGGAAAAUGAACAAGCAAUCAAAGUCAAAACACUGUUCUGCAAAGCACGUUCUGGUGCCCUAAAAAGUCCUUACAAUCUUAUCACAGAGCACCGCAGAAGUGCAUUUGAAAAGAAGUUGAGCAUCUCUUAAAUAACUUAUGUUUUGUUUGUUUUUUGUUGAUCUUUAAAACAUUUAUACAAACCUUUAAAAUUCCAUUACUUCUACCAAUUCCAUUAAACAAGAGACCUUUUUCAAUCAAUUUAAUAAAGUUAUUCACAAAAUUUACAAAUGUUUUUUUUUUUUAAAUGCUUUAUUUUCUAUCCUUUAUAUUCUAUUCAUAGAUAAAAGUAU